AUGUCGCUCUUCGGCUCCGCGACGACGUCCACGGGCCAGACUACCACGACUGGCGAUAUCUCCAAGGAUGUGGCCCUGAACUCGCCGCCCGAGGAUAGCAUCUCUGACCUCGCAUUUUCCCCUGUCAGCGAGCAUCUUGCAGUGGCAUCAUGGGACAAGAAAGUCCGCAUCUACGAGAUCAAUGACCAAGGACAGAGUGAAGGGAAGGCAUUUUUCGAUCAUGAGGCGCCAGUGUUAAAUUGCUGCUGGUCUCCGGACGGAACCAAGGUCGUUGGUGCCGGUGCAGACAAAGCGGCGCGCAUGCUGGAUCUUGCGGCGAACACGACGACUGCAGUCCAGGUUGCUCAACACGACGCUCCUAUUCGAUGCUGCCAUAUGAUUUCUAACCCUGGAAAUGCUGCGUCUCCUCUCCUCGUAACGGGUUCCUGGGACAAGACCGUCAAAUAUUGGGAUCUGCGACAGGCAACGCCGAUUGCGACGGUGGAAUGCCAGGAACGCGUCUACACAAUGGACGUCAAGAACAAGCUCCUCGUCAUUGGUACUGCGGACCGGUACAUUGACAUCAUCAAUCUCGACAACCCUACGACUUUCUACAAGACCUUGCAGUCCCCGCUGAAGUGGCAGACACGGGUGGUCAGCUGCUUCACAGACGCCACUGGCUUCGCGGUUGGUAGUAUCGAGGGCCGCUGUGCUAUCCAGUACGUGGAGGAUAAGGAUUCGAGUUCGAAUUUCAGUUUCAAGUGUCAUCGUGAGAACCCUCCCAACAACCGUGACAUCAGCAACAUCUACGCUGUCAACGCCAUCUCCUUCCACCCGGUUCAUGGAACAUUCAGCACCGCCGGCAGCGAUGGCACGUUCCACUUCUGGGACAAAGAUGCAAAACACCGUUUGAAGGGGUAUCCAUCUGUGGGUGGGACCAUUUCGAGCACCGCUUUCAACCGAAAUGGAAACAUCUUCGCCUAUGCUGUCAGUUACGAUUGGAGUAAAGGUUAUACUGCAAACACCCCGCAGACUCCUAACAAGGUCAUGCUUCACCCUGUGACUCCUGAGGAGGUGAAACCAAGACCGGGAGCAAGGAAGACGAGCUACCUACCCACCCUAGCUCCUAUUCUUAUAGAAAGUGGCAUGCAUAGAGAGCUAACUAACUAUGCCCUGUCGAUCGAUCGAUCGAUCGAUCAUUCUAAACUACUCCAUCCUUCUCUUCUGCCUACCUAUCGACUACAAAUUCAGAAAAAGAAAGUUAUCAAGACGAGAUCUCAUUUUCCUGCUGCUGCUGCUGCUGUUGCUCCUGCUGUUUUCUGCACUCAGCACCGAGCCAACAAUGUUACCCAAGUGAGGCAUAUUAUUGACAUAUGGCAGAGUACUGGUAAUCAGAAUAUUUGUCUGGUCCUUUUUGGGCAGGAUCGUAUCACCAGUCGCCAUGAUGUUGAGGAUGGUGGGGUUGUGGAGGGGCAAAAGAAGGGCGCAUUUUUUGUAGGUCCGCCGCCUAAGUCUGUCCUCGAACUGGAGGAAAAAUUCUACAAAGAAGGUUAUGAUUUAGGACUCUCUGAUGGCGCACAAGCAGGCUAUACUGAGGGCAGCGUGUUUGCGGUGGAAAAAGGUUUCGAGAAAUUACUCGAAUUGGGAAGGCUGUAUGGAAAAGCGUUGGUAUGGGCGCAGAGACUUGCCGACUCCAACAUUCCACCUCUAAAUCAGACGGGAGACACGGAGGAUAGUACUGGAACAACCUUUGGCAAUAACCGGUCGGGAGUUUCUGAUGAAUUUCUGAUCGAGCCUGCGCUCUGUCAGGUAAUGCCUGCUCUUCCAGAGGGCUCCAGACUGGCAAAGAACAUCCAAACCCUUCUAUCGCUCCUUGACCCUGCGACUCUCUCAUUGGAAAAUACUGAAGAUGCCAUAUCUGAUAUUGAGGAUAGGCUUAAGACUGCUUCUCUCAAGGCUAAACUGAUCCAACGAGCCCUAGGAGAGCGGGAUGAUGUCUCGGGAAAUCUCAAUCCGCACAGCGGCAGAGACGCUCAAAUGCAGGGAGAUGGUUCCGGCAGCAUUGAGGACAUUAGUUCUUUGAGGAUCCGGCAUUGA